AUGGCUACAAGUUCUGUCUCCAGCAGUGUGACCGCCCUCGGGCGCCUGCGGUCACACUCUCGGCCGCCUGCGGGCACACCCUCGGCCGCCUGCGGGCACACCCUCGGCCGCCUGCGGGCACACCCUCGGGCGCCUGCGGUCACACUCUCGGCCGCCUGCGGGCACACCCUCGGGCGCCUGCGGUCACACUCUCGGGCGUCUGCGGGCACACCCUCGGGCGCCUGCGGGCACACCCUCGGGCGCCUGCGGUCACACUCUCGGGCGUCUGCGGGCACACCCUCGGGCGCCUGCGGGCACACCCUCGGCCGCCUGCGGGCACAGCCUCGGCCGCCUGCGGUCACACCCUCGGCCGCCUGCGGUCACACCCUCGGCCGCCUGCGGUCACACCCUCGGCCGCCUGCGGUCACACCCUUGGCCGCCUGCGGUCACACCCUCGGCCGCCUGUGGGCACACCCUAGGUUUCUUCCGGCUGCAAGAAUCUCGUAUGCAAAUGAAGGCACUCGCUUGAUAACAAGUAUGGACUCAUAUCACAAAAGUGUUUUAGGGCCCUCAGCAGCGGGACGGGGCCCUCAGCAGCGGGACGGGGCCCUCAGCAGCGGGACGGGGCCCUCAGCAGCGGGACGGGGCCCUCAGCAGCGGGACGGGGCCCUCAGCAGCGGGACGGGGCCCUCAGCAGCGGGACGGGGCUCUCAGCAGCGGGACGGGGCCCUCAGCAGCGGGACGGGGCCCUCAGCAGCGGGACGGGGCCCUCAGCAGCGGGACGGGGCCCUCAGCAGCGGGACGGGGCCCUCAGCAGCGGGACGGGGCCCUCAGCAGCGGGACGGGGCCCUCAGCAGCGGGAAGGGGCCCUCAGCAGCGGGACGGGGCCCUCAGCAGCGGGACGGGGCCCUCAGCAGCGGGACGGGGCCCUCAGCAGCGGGACGGGGCCCUCAGCAGCGGGACGGGGCCCUCAGCAGCGGGACGGGGCCCUCAGCAGCGGGACGGGGCCCUCAGCAGCGGGAAGGGGCCCUCAGCAGCGGGACGGGGCCCUCAGCAGCGGGACGGGGCCCUCAGCAGCGGGACGGGGCCCUCAGCAGCGGGACGGGGCCCUCAGCAGCGGGACGGGGCCCUCAGCAGCGGGACGGGGCCCUCAGCAGCGGGACGGGGCCCUCAGCAGCGGGACGGGGCCCUCAGCAGCGGGACGGGGCCCACAAUGUCACUAAUGGGACAUAUUUGACCUACAUGGCUAUACCACCUCAAACUUGA